AUGUCACAAUUCGAUACAUAUCUUGAAAACUAUACCAACGACCAGUUCAAUGAGGAAAACUCAAGGCAAGCUGGCCAAGCACAAAACUCAAUCCCAGAUAUAAGACGAGAAAACUUUGACGAUUUUUUGAGCGGGUCAGCAGACAUAAAGCGUCAAUUAUCUCAAUCAUUUAGUGGAGUAGGAGGAGGAGGAGGAGGUGGUGGUAGUAGUAGUAACAAUAGUGGUGGUAUUGGAGGCCCUAGUGGAUUGGGCAGCAAUGCUGCUCAUCAUGGCGGGAUAAGCAAGCCCCAUUCGAGACGUAAUUCAGCAUAUGUGAAAUCUCAGGAAGGGAGCGACGCUGAAGAUUACAACGACAACGACAACGACAACGAAAACAGUCAAGGACAUGACCGGAAAAGAAGGGACAAUAUCAACGACACGAUCCAAGAGUUGUUGACUUUGAUACCGAAAGAGUUUUUUGAAGUUAAGGAGGACGUGAAAGUCAAGAAGGAACUUAGUCCCUCAGAACGAUCUCCCAAUGACGACGAUGUGAAUAACGCUUCUGGUAAGACAGGAACAAAGGAUGGUAAACCAAACAAGGGACAAAUCUUAACCAAAGCAGUGGAGUAUCUUCAGUCGUUGCAAAAUUUGAUUGACGAGAAUAAUAGGAAAGAGGUGGAAUUGAUUAUGAAAUUGGAGACGCUCAAGUUGAAGCAGAAGAACAGUGGGGUUUUGAAUGAGAGCGUACCUAUAAGGAUUGGCUACACGAGUGCUGAGCGAGCCUUGGGAGAGAUUGGAGUUGGUCCCUGCUCGGAGGAUUACUUCAAGAGUGUGUUGGUGAAGAGCGCAAAUGCUAGCAAAUCUUCUAGGAAGAACGGAUAG